AUGGCAUCCGGCAGUGCACUGGUUUCGGCACCAUCUUUACAAAAAGGAAUAGCUCUAGAGAUGGAGUUGACUAUAGCGGAAGGUUUCUCCAACCCUAUGGCUCCAGUAGACCAACCACUAUCGCCGCAAGCUCCUGUGGCUCAUGUUUCUAUCGUUUUCGAGACAACUUGCGCUGAUAGCUCUUGCGUGCUCUACAUGAUCGAGGUGGAAGCCCCAUGGAACGGACGAAAACUUCUCAGUUCCGGUUCCUUGCUGCUUUUAACGGUACCCAACCACGGCGAGUCUGGUCUCAUAGCAUUUUGA